CAUUUGAUUUGGGGUGGAGAAAGCAGGCAGAGACGGAAUGAAUGACAUUGCCUUUCUAAACAAAGACGGGGACAGUUUUCCCACUGAGCCCAGAAAGCAGAGCCCAGUGGUAUCUGCUGCCACCACAUUAUGCGGGUAUCUGGACAAGCUGAGCGGGCCACUUAAGGUCUGGAGGUCCCUCUGGUUCAUAUAUGAAGAGAAGGAGUGUCAGCUGGUCUACUACAAGUGUGCCCAGGAUGUGAAUCCACUGGGAUGGAUUGACCUGUCCAAUGCCAUACUGGGAGACCUACCACAGGCAGACCAGGGGACCUUCUACAUUCAAACACCCGAGCGCACCUUCACCCUCAAGGCUGUGAAUUGCAAGUCUAUGAUAUACUGGCUAAAGCAGCUCCAGUUGAAGAGGUGGCAUCAUGGGAACAUUUCUGGAAAGCUGUUAAUGGUCACCAGUCACCAUGCACUACGACGAUACGCCACUCUGAGUGACGUCCUCCUCAGACACACUCCGACAGGAAUUCAUAAGGAAUACUUACUCCGGAGCCGCUCCUCCCAGGAGCUCAGCCACAGCCUCAGCUGGGAGGAACUCUGGGACCCAUUCCUGCCACUCAAAGACAUCCAGGCCCCUCCAUAUUUUGACCAGGACAAAUCACCUCCAAAAACAAAUAUUGAGCCCUCUGGGCCAAAAACACAGUGGGUCCAGGAGAUAGAGGCACCACAGGAACACCAGAGCUCCCUAAGCAGUGAGAGCUCCUCUUCUAACCCCGCAGAUAAGACUGCUAGUCCACAGCAGGAAGAGCCUGCAGACACUGCCCGUCUUCAACAGGAAGUGCUCAGUCUGGCAGGCCAGGUCAAGGCCCAGAAGGAUCUAGUAUCCCUGUUGCAGAAGGCCCUGGAGUUGGCCCAGCAGGAGAAAUUGACUCCUGCAGUAGAGUCCCUGAGGUCGGAGUGUGAAUGGAAGAGUUCCAACUCACAACCAUGGAAUCAAGGCGAGUGCAACACAGAUAAUUCGUAUGGCCUGCAGGUUGCGCCACUGCUGCGGCACGACUGUGUGGCCGAGUCUCAGGAUCACCUCCGGAUACUGGCUGAGAGGAACCAGGCUGAGAGAGAGUUGGUCCACCGUCUGUCCCAACAAGAGGCUGAGAGUUUGGCCGACCCCCAGCGAAGCCUCGUCCGCGGUUGGACUGUCCUUGAAACGCAGGAGCAGCUGAGACAGGAGAUUAGGAAUCUUAAGGACAACAUUGAGGCCUACAAGACUCAGAAUACUUACUUGAACGCAGAGAUCUACAAGCUAACCAAAGAAUGGAGGCAGAGUACAGAACAAGAGAAGUGCUUGAUGAUAAAGUGUGCCCAUCUGGAGGCCAAGGUGUUCCGGAUGGAGAGCAGGUCUCUGACAGUCCUCUUCAAGCUACAGGAGAGCAGAGGUUUGGAGAGACACAGGGAAGCCAUAAAGACCCUGAUCACUGACACUCUUCGGGAGGGCGGGAGGGACAUUCUGGAACUGAACCCUGUCAGGGAAUAUGAUGAGUAUGGGUUCAGAAUCUCCACUGACAUCCAAAUGGAUGAUAUGAAGCUGCUGGCCAAACUGCAAGCAUUAGGGAUUCGUUCCCACGAUCCCCCACAACAACAGAAGGAUGGGGAAGAGGAGGGGGACGGCGAGCGUCUUUGGGGCCGCUGGGCCCAGCACUUUGAUGGCAGACGAUCAGACAAGGCGGUGGCCUCUCCGAAGCUGAAGGGGCUUCUGAGAAAGGGCGUGCCUUACCACUACAGGCGCCGUGUGUGGCGCUGGAUAGUGUGGAGCCGCACUCGCUCCCUGAGAGAGCGCCACCCCCACUGGUACCAACAGAUAUGCUUUAGGAGCCAGGCUGCGUCGGCCCCCCGGGUCUCGCAGCAGAUCUGGUUGGACCUGGAGACCACUCUGAGGGGGAACCGCCACUUCUCCUUCCCUGCCAAGCGUGCCGUCCGGCAGCUACAUCGUAUCCUCCUGGCCUUUUCUUGUCAUAACCCGUCUGUCGGCUACUGCCAGGGCCUCAACAGAUUGGCUGCCAUGGCCUUGCUAGUGUUGCAGAGCGAGGAAGAUGCUUUCUGGUGUCUGGUGGCCAUUGUCGAGACCAUCAUGCCUCAGGACUUCUAUGGCAAGACUCUAACAGCAUCUCAGGUGGAGCAACGCGUGCUCAAGGACUUUAUGGCAGAGAAGAUGCCGAGACUAACAGCCCAUUUCCACUGUCACGGAGUGGACGUGUCCCUGGUCACCUCCGACUGGUUCCUAGCUGCGUUCGUGGAGAGGCUGACCAGUGACGUCCUGCUCAGAAUUUGGGACGCCUUCCUGUACGAGGGCACCAAGGUGAUAUUUCGCUAUGCAUUGGCGCUCUUCAAAUACACAGAAGAGGACAUUCUGAAGAUUCAUCAUAGUGUGGAUAUCUACCAGUACCUCCAUUUCAUCACCAGAACCAUCACAGACAGCAGGAGACUGACGACCAUUGCAUUCAGCGACAUGAACCCGUUUCCUUUCAAGCUGCUCCGUCAGAGACGGGCCCUGCACCUUCAGUGUGUGCAUGUACAGUUGAGUGAGUUAGAGCGUAUCCAGAGGAAGCUGGGUAGAGAGCGACGCCAGCACAAGGACAGGGAGGGGGCCACAUGAGCUCUGGAUAAAAGGCUCUGGCCAGAUUCCAAUCAGAACUUUUACCUCCUGCCUCCUGUUACUCACUUAUCCCAGUAGAUAUUGUAGGUUUGUAAUUUCUUGUUUGAUGUUUUCAAUGUUCAUGUUUUAUUGUCACGUGCAUAAAUACAGUGAAAUGCCUUUCUUGCAAGCUCUUUCCCAACAAUGCAGCAAUCAAUAUCAAUAGUACUAUAAAAAUGUAUAAAGUAGAAUUAAAAAAAGACGAGAAAUAGAAAUUAGAACACGAGGAAGCAAGUAAGCUAUAUACAGGGUCAGUGCCAUAUUUACAAUGUGCAGGGAGUGGUAGGGGUAGAUACAUCGAGCUCCAAAAGUGUUGGGACAGUGACACAUUUGAUGUUGUUUUGGUUCUGUACUCCAGCACUUUGGAUUUUAAAUGAUACAAUGACUGACUGUGAGGUUAAAGUGCCGACUGGCGGUUUAAAUUUGAGGGUAUUUUCACCCAUAUCAGGUGAACUGUUCAGAAAUUACAUACAUUUUUGUACAUAGUCCCCCCCAUUUUAGGAGACCAAAAGUAUUGGGACAAAUUCACUUGCGUGUAUUAAAGUAGUAAAACGUUAAGCAUUUGGUCCCAAUUUCACAGCACGCAAUGACUACAUCAAGCUUGCGACUCUGUUGGAUGCAUUUGCUGUUUGUUUUGGUUGUGUUUCAGAUUAUUUUGUGUCCAAAAAAAAUGCAUGGUCACUUUUACUGUAAAUAAGAAUAGAAUGUUUCAAAACACUUCUACAUUACUGUGGGUGCUACCAUAUUUAUGGAUAAUCCUGAAUGAAUCGUGAAUAAUGAGUGAGAAAGUUAGAGGCAUAAAUCUCUUUCUCACUCAUUAUUCAUGAUUCAUUCAAGACUUUAUAACUGUCCCAAUACUUUUGAAACUCACUGUAUGUAUAGAGGUAAGUUGACUAGGCAUCAGGAUAUAUGAUAUGUGGCAGACCAGGGUAUUUGGCCAAGAAGUUUACAUAGAUCAGACACAGACAGAGUAGGAUUAGCUCGGUUUCAAGGGUGUUUAUUUAAAUAAUAAAUCAAAAAGGAUAGGUCUACUCCAUGAGACCCUCUCCGGGAUACUGUCUUCUGGGCUCCAGGUCUUGUUGUAUCCUGCCAGGAUCAAAACUAACCAUCUAACCAUCCCUAACUAUACAGGAGUCCCCCCCCCCUCCCCCGUGAGGGCGUUAAAAUCUGCUUCUAUUCUGUGGAUGGCACUGUGCUCUUUUGAAAGGAUAGGUCCCAAUCUCUCAAAGGCCCUAGGAUCCAGGUGGACAGGGGUGGUCUGCUAGUCACUGGGAUGACAAUCCAACUUGGGAUGGGGGUAGGUUUUAGCGGGUGGAAUAGUGGUCACUGUGCCCAAGGAAGCAAAGGUAAUCUGCCUAAAUCAUUACCGUCCGUAGCACUCACAUCAGUAGCCAUGAAGUGCUUUGACAGGCUGGCCAUGGCUCACAACACCAUCAUUCCGGAAAACCUAGACCCACUCCAAUUCGCAUGCCGCCCCAACAGAUCCACAGACGACGCAAUCUCAAUCGCACUCCACACUGCCCUUUUCCACCUGGACAAAGGAACACCUAUGUGAGAAUGCUGUUCAUUGAAUACAGAUCAGCGUUCAACACCAUAGUGCCCACAAAGCUCAUCACUAAGCUAAGGACCCUGGGACUAAACACCUCCCUCUGCAACUAGAUCCUGGACUUCCUGACGGGCCACCCCAGGUGUUAAGGGUACGCAGCAACACAUCUGCCACGCUGAUCCUCAACACGGGGGCCCCUCAGGGGUGUGUGCUUAGUCCCCUCCUGUACUCCUAGUUCACUCAUGACAGCAUGGCCAAACAGGACUCCAACACCAAGUUUGCUGAUGACACAACAGUGGCAGGCCUGGUCACCGACAACGAUGAGAGGCGGUCAGAGACCUGUGGUGACAGGACAACAAGCUGUCCCUCAAUGUGAGCAAGACAAAGGAGUUGAUCGUGGACUACAGGAAAAGGUGGGCUGAACAGGCCCCAUUUAACAUUGACGGAGCUGAAGUAGAGCGGGUCAAAAGUUUCAAGUUCCUUGGUGUCCACAUCAACAACGAACAAUCAUGCUUCAAACACACCAAGACACCAAGACAUGAAGAGGGCACAACAACCCCUUUUCCCCCUCAGGAGACUGAAAAGAUUUGGCAUGGGUCUCCAGAUCCUCAAAAAGAUACAGCUGCACCACCGAGAGCAUCCUGACCGGUUGCAUCACCGCCUGGUAUGGCAACUGCUCGGCAUCUGACCGUAAGGCGCUACAGAGGGUAGUGCGUACGGCCUAGUAAAUCACUGGGGCCAAGUUUCCUGCCAUCCAGAACCUAUAUACUAGCGGUGUCAGAGGAAGGCCCAAAAAAUUGUCAAAGACUCCAGUCACCCAAGUUGUAGACUGUUCUCUCUGCUACCGCAUGGCAAGCGGUACCGGAGCGCCAAGUAUAGGACCAAAAGGCUCGUUAACAGCUUCUACCCCCAAGCCAUAAGACUCCUGAACAAUUAAUCAAAUGACCACCAGGAAUAUUUACAUUGACAUCCCCCCCUCCAUUUGUUUUUACACUGCUGCUUCACGCUGUCUAUUGUCUAUGCAUAGUCACUUUGCCCAUGCCUACAUGUACAAAUUACCUCGACUAACCUGUACCCCCGCACAUUGACUCGGUACUGGUGCUCCCUGUAUAUAGCCUCGACAGACACUAUGAAAGCUUAAAACAAGAUUAUUCAUCCCAAAGGAUCGAACAGCUGAACAGUCAAAGACAUGGUUCCACCAGUGGUGGUAUAUAUGGGUGAUUCUGCAACUUCGGACACUUUGGCCCAACAAGCAUUCAGAAAUGUAUUGAAACACCAUUUUACCAGUAUUAUAAUCGUCUGUGAUUUGUCUAGAAAUAAUAUCUGAUAAUGGCUGCGAUCGUACUAUUAAGGAAUUUAUAUAUUUUUGUAAUUUUUCUCAGACAGCCAUAGACAAAUUUCCAUCACAUCAUUAAACAUCCAUUUUAGUUAAAUGAAAUAUCAUACAAUUAUUUCUUAUACAUUUGUACAUUAUCUUUCAUUGAAUAUUAUUUGAAAAGGAUUUCCUCAAAUGAAUAAUUCAACACAAUGCUUGAAUAUAUAAACUUGCCUUUGUGACAGUUAAAGAUUUACUUAUCAUUAAAAAAAUAAGAUAUUUCCACCAAACCUUUUUGUGAGAUUAUGAUAACAACCAUAUGAUUUCCCUAUCUAAAACAAAUCAAUCAAUGUAAAUUAUACAUAAUAUACUAAUUUACCUAAAAAUGUGGGUGUGGUGGAAAUGACAUCGAUGUAAAAAAAACUUGAAAGCAAUAUUUUAUUGCAAACAUUUUGAACAACAACCACUGUAGAACAUUUAAUUAAUUUAAGAAAAAGUAAGAUUCCAAAAGUGGGCAGAGGUCAAGGAAGUAGGCCAGUGUUUUUGAGAGAUGAGCCCAAAUUGCAGAGGGGUCAUCCGCAUAGAAGAGCUCAGUGAGCAAAGUGAAACUGUAUCACUUGUGGUAUGUCCAACACAGGUGUGGAGGGUCACCUGCAUGUGAGAAUCACCAAAAUGAACAGCCUGGAUUUCACUGGUGUAUUUACACAGGUAGUUCUCUCUUUGGCACAACUUUGGUUUUAGAAGUGGGGGGGAAAUAAUUAUUCUAAUUUGUUUUAUCAAGUUGGAUAAACACUCCAAACAGCCUACCCGACCGCUCGGAGGUGUCUGCAUGGUCCUAAAGCACACCGUUGAUUCAUUUUGUAUCACAUUCAAAUGAUAAAACUGGAGGGGACAAAAAUAAAAUUUCAGAAUGUGAGGGGGACAUGCCCCCCAUCCCCAAUGAAAGUUGCACCCCUAAGUUCUCUGCAAAGUCAAUAUGCACAAUCUCCUCUUUCCACAGAUACUCUUUUAAUUCUCUCAGUUUGGAGUAUUGCUGUCGAAUGUUGUACAUGCGUUAGGAAUUUUGUUAAUAAAUAAUUAAAACAAUUUCUAGCUUUAGAUAAAACUAUAACUAAUUGAACUCUGCACGCCUGGUGAAAAGAGAUUUGUGUUGUGGGUUAUAAAAUAAGCAGAAAGGGUCGUUAAACUAUGGUUGAACUGACCCAACUUAGCCCUGAGGUGUUUAGAUAAGGCUGUGGGUAACUUUUUAGGUCUUCCAUUACCUUGAGUUGUCUGCUAAAGUGGUAAUAAAUUAUAGUGAUCCUUCAGGAGGAUAGAUUAUAUUGUGUGUCAUGUGUGUGCGCUGGGAAGUUGGAAUGAACUUUUGAACCUGUUUUCUAUUUGUCAGGACAAGGAGACUUAUUCUGUAACCUAUGACGUCAUAUCUUGUAUAUAAACCUGUUGUUUAUGAUCAAAUGGUAGCGUGCUCGGGGGAUAAAUACUAUAAUCUAAUUUUAAUAAGACUGUAUCCUGUCUAUUUUAUGUUAAUAAGUAUCUUACAAAUUCUUAUAAAUAGACAGAUUGAAUUUAAUUAAUGAAUACAUUAGAGGAAUUAUUCAAUUCCUCCAACAAUUGGUCCUUCGAGCGGAUACCCAAACUUUGCCUCUGUCAUCCGAAGAUAUUAGCUGAAAACCGUGCACGGGCAGGUCUGGACCCGUUAUUUAAAGUCCUGGCCUCUGAAUUGAGGUUAAAAAACAGACCGGUGUAUAUAUAUCUGAGGUCGACAGAGACGGUGACGGAAUCCAACCGGCAUUGCUUUUCCCAGUCUGCAAGACGACGGUAAAUAGUCUUUAUUCUCGAAUGUGGGGGGUAUGAUGUAAGUUAUCUUUGAUUUGAAGUUCUAAACGUGUUUAGAAUUUAUCAAUAAUAGGAGCUUCUCUAUUCCAAACAUAUUGUGGGUUACUUGUAUGACCAAAAUACAAGAUGGAUGUAACAGGUCCGAAAAGACCUGGGUAGGUGCAUUACCGAAAUAAAAUAUUGGCCUUAAUGAUCCGGGCCUUGCAAGCCGUGAGGGUUAUUAAGGAGGAUAUAGUAAGUGUUGUUAGAUAGGACGGUCGUUUUGUACAAAUAGGACAGCCAUUAAUUCAAAAGACAUACCUAAAUACCUAAGUAUAUGGGAAGUAGUCUGACUAUGAAAAAUAGCAGAUAGAUAUAUUAAAACAGGUGAGGAUAAAUUGGGCUUGGUGAGAAGGCAGGGUAAUCCUAGGCGAACGGAAUAACUGAUCCUAUUCAAUACUGAAAGUGAUAAUAUCCAAAAGAGUGGGAGGGAAACUUAAAAUAGCGAAGUGAGAUUGGAUAAAUACAACCAGAGUUUGAUCAGGGAUGUGUGUCCCCUGGGUAAUAACUGACAGGAGUGAGAUCUAAUGUCCAAUCGAUAACAACGCUAUAGAUAAAGUUUCCAGGGAAGAGAAUCAUAUAAAUACAUACACAUAAAUUGUAACUAGGUAACGGUAAACAGCUCACACAUAGUUCAUAGAAAUAUAUACACUUCAAUUGUGACAGUGUAGAAAGAGAAGAUCUGAAUCCCCUAAUAGAAUUACCCAAUCCCCAGGCGGGGGAGGGUGAUCAUGACAGUGGAGCGCAGGACCUGGGGAGCCAUUCUGAGCAAAAGUUACAGAAUUAUGUGCUAACCUAACGAAAAUUACUACCGACAUGCUGACUCCUCUAAGGUAACUAAAUGCAGACAGAGAGAAAGUGAAAUAGUCAGUCAGUACCUAGAACGUUUCAAAGAUGUAUUCAAUGCUAACAGUGGUACACCGGAACCAGCCCCGGGGGUGAUCAAAAUACCCCUUAUCAUCAGCAACUAAAAAUAGCCUUUUUAACUGGAAUGCGUGUUGAAAUCAGUAAGGAGGUGGUAAAAGAAUUUAGUUGGAUGGGGGUUGGCAACUCUAGCGGAGGUAAGAAGACAUGCUGUCCACCAUGAACAGCACGGACAGGCAGAAAAAAGAAAAUGGGAUGAGUUCUUGAUGGCGGUGCUGGAGGACAGAGCAGCAGGAGGGGGAAACAGAGAGAACGGGACUGUGACAGAAAAAAGUUUGAGCGGCUGUAAAUGUAAGACGUAAUUUAUAAUUUUGUACGAAGCCUAAGGUUUUCCACCAAACUAAUUUUCAGUGCGUGAUUAAUGUGAUGUAGUAAAGUUUUAGAAAUAUGUUGCAUGAGUAAACAUAAUCUACAUGUAUUUAAAGGCACAAGAUCUGUUUCCUAGUUUAUAAAUGUUGAUUUUAUUGUUUGACUGCUAAUCUAUUAAUUUGGCAUGGGGGAAAUAUAGCUGGAAUAAUGCUUGUACCUUUUAAAUUAGGGCUAUUUUUGUAGUCUCUGUGUUAUAGUUAAGAAUACAGACAAAUGUGAAGUGGGUUUAAAUGCGGAUAAUUUUUUGUUAUUCACAUAGCUUUGGUGGAUCAGUGGUAGAAUUCUCACGAAAACACAAUAUAGCGUUAUACCACAAUAGCAAACAUCACAACAGCAUUGAUUCAAGGCAAAAAUAGCGAUAACGUAUAAACCACCAAAAUAUAUUAAUUUUUUCACUAACCUUCUCAGAAUUCUUCAGAUGACAGUCCUAUAACAUCAUAUUACACAAUGCAUAUAGAGUUUGUUCGAAAAUGUGCAUAUUUAGCGGCACAAAUUGUGCUUAUACAAUGUGAUUAGUGUCCAAAACCUCAAGCAAUCUGUCCGGCGCCAUCUUGGAGAGGCACCUAUUCUAAUCGAAAACUAUUCAUAAACUUGACAAAAAAAAUACAGGUUGGACAGCAAUUGAAAGACAAAUUAGUUCAUCAUGCAAUCGCUGGGUUACAUUUUUAAAUUAACGUUACUUCAAAAUACAGCGUGCGAUAAAGCAAGGCUGCACUGCAAGUAAUGGCGGCUUAUGCAUUUGACUUUUUUCAACAGAACAACGAAUUAUCAGCAUAAAUAGUUCUUACUUUUUGAUGAACUCUCAUCAGAAUCUUGGGAAAGGUGUCCUUUGUCCAAAAUAAUCAUUGCUAGGUUGGAGAACGUCCUCUUCAACGUUGCAAUUAGCAGUAAACAUUAGCCAUGUGGGCCAGAGAUACCCAACUUCCUACAACGCCACGAAAAUAAAUACCCGAAAAUCGCAAUAUACAGACAUAAUCUGAUAUAAUUCGGUUCAAAAUAACAAGAUUAUGAUGUCUUUAAAGCCUAUAUCGAAUAAAAACACAGCCGGAAAUGUCUAAGAUCUAUAACCGAUGCUUCUAGUACAAUGUGCCAAGGUCCUCAGUGCGUCAGAGCGAAGGGGAAAAGAACGAUACACGUCUUUGCCAAGUCAUUUAUAACCUUUGGGAUCUACGUAGAGACUCCAUUUCAAGUCUCCCUAUUCGCUAACAACCAGGGGAAGGCGUAUGCAGUGCAUCUCAACCAAUAGAAGACAGGCAGAGUUAUACAAAGGUCUCAGAGCAGCUUGGAAAAUUUGGCACUCACAUCCACAUAGGAAAAUUGCUCUAAGUCCAGUUCUGUUUCACUCACAGAUAUAAUUCAAACGGUUUUAGAAACUAGAGAGUGUUUUCUAUCCAAUAGUAAUAAUAGUAUGCAUAUUGUACGAGCAAAAAUUGAGUACGAGGCCGUUUAAAUUGGGCACGAUUUUCCCCCAAAGUGAAAACAGCGCCCUCUGUCCUCAACAGGUUAAUAAGGUUUGAUUGUUGCUGCAGCUGAUCACUUGUGAUGCUGUAGUUUGUCCACCAUGGACUGGAGGUUGGCGUUUGUUUUGCAGAGGCAUGUGUCCCUAUCCUGGAUUGUUGGCUUGACAACCCAAAAAUACAUAUUUUAAAGAAUUCAUAGUAGGACAUUUUAAUCCUGAUAAUGGUUCUGAAUUGUGCCAUUCAAGAAGCGCUUCUGCUUUUUUUUCUUGUUCCUCGUUAGUGUGUCCUUUCUCCCAAUUGUUGCUCUACUGUUGUCAUCAUGUUCAUAGAAUCUAGUGAUUUUCUCUUCUGUGGCUGUGCUAAUUAUGUUACGCUGCUUUUUCCUAGAGUAUUGAAGACUUGUUGGCCUGUUUUCAUUUGCUCUCAUUGCUUUUGCUGAAAAUCCAAAUUGUCUGUUUGCAGGUUUGACCAGGCCAUACUUUCUCAGGAUGUUGCCUCUGAGCAUUUUUGAAGCCACUUGUUUGUUGUUGGCACUGCACAUUUUUGAUACUUUGCUUUAACUCUGCAAUGAUGGCAUUUUGAAACAAU